GCGGACUGCCGUCUGCAAGCUAUUUGUGGCUAUUAUGUGUCUAUAAAAGGAAAUCAGCAGGGCGAUACACACACACACUCACCAACAGUUAUACACUUUGAACUUCAGAAGACAGGCAGGAAAAAUAAGCAUCUUAUCGUCAGGGUCGGGUUUGAUCAACACUUAAGAGGAAGAUUUCUAAAGUUUGGAAACAAGCAACACGUCUGGAUGGAGAGUCAUUUGAAACAGAAAUGGACGAUAUGAAUCCAAAUCCAGAGGAGGUUUUAACAGAAGAACGAUCUAAGCCACCUACUUUCACAUUUGUGCCGGUGCUGUGGGCUUUACCAACUCAAAGCAUCACUACAGAGGAAGCAACACCCGGAGCUCUGACAGGAAACUCAGACCAGAACGUCGCAGUGUCCCAUGAGGAGACGAGCGAGGAGACCAUGUCGAUUUUCAAAGCGGAGAAAGUCUUUAUCAGAGACUGUGAGGAGGGAGGAGCAGGAAACACAAUCCAACUGGGGACAAAAUCUCAAUUAAAUCUGUCACGGGAUCUUCAGUCCCCUUCAGCCUCUACUGAGUCUGAAAAUACAACCCACCACGAAGCCCCCGGGACUGCCUCUAUGGCAACAGCUGUUUAUAAACACGGGGGCGUUUCCCAGUGGCAGUGCCGUGAUAACUCUGGACUCUCUGAGGUUAGCUCGGGUGGCUUUGUAAAUAGAGUUUCAGAGGACAGAACUAGCCCCACAAACUCUGCAGACCUGUUCCCCACCCUGGCCUCCUCCAGAGAGUCUAUCCUCUCGGAGGGCUCGGACAGAGACAAGAGCUGGUCGGCUGUGCGGCUCUCCUCUGCGAUGUCUCCGUCCUCCUUCAGCCGUACUGUCUCCCCCUGCUCCUCCGUCCUCUCGGGCGUCUUCUCUCCCGCUGUCGUCCAGAUAAAGAGGCACUUUCUCGCCCCUGGCUCUAGUCUGCUUCAAACCCCUUUCUCUUCCUGCGAGAGCCUGUCCUCCUCCUCCGCCUGUCCCCAGUCCCCUCCUCCUGUUCCCCGGCACCGGCCUCCUCUCACCCGGCUCUCCCUCCUCACUGCCAUCCUGAGAAAAGGCCGACUUCCUGUCCUGUCCUCGACCCUGCAGAGGCCUUACACCCCCUGCUGGCCUGUUAACCCUGUGACCCUGUCCUUCUGCAACGCCUGCUCAGCAGCCUCCAGCGUGGCCUCAAUCCCCCUGGAGUUCUCCUCCCGCUUCUCCUCGUCUGCGUCCAUAGAUAGUCAGAGUCACAGGGAGCUUAAUAGAUGCAUCACUUCUCCUCCACCCGAGCUCAGCACAAUAUCAAACUCUCAGACUCAAGCGAAGACGUGCUCAGAAAAAAAUCACUUAAAGAGUGUGCCUACAUGGGAGCAGGUUAUUUCACCCCUGGCAGAGAAGAGCAGCACACUUCCACGAGCUCCGCUGCCUGCAUUUUGCUCAAAUUUUAAAUCUGUUUCUCCACCGCGGGGUGAAGAAAUUGACUCUGCAGCUAACAGAAAACUGCAACACACACACAUCUCGAUUUCCCCCGAGCCGAAGCUAGACAACAACCACAUGUACGGCCAGGGCAACAAGGAUAAUAACCUUAAAAAACUCAUCUCCUUGUCCCCUAAACUAAUUAAGAUCCAAGAGAGCGCCGUUCCCCAGAAAUGGACUCCUUCACCACACAGUUCAUCUCUCUCGAGGCUUCACUGUCUGAAAUCUCCACCUGUCUGCCUUUCUCCACCGCCGCUUCAGCCUUCCCGCUCACACUCACCCGGCGUCACCGGCGCCGACAUUGCAUCGCCCUACCACCCUUCAGAAAACACCGCGAGAAGGUGUGAGCCAGAGAGGAGCUGCUCUAAUUCCAAAAGUGCCAAAUCAGACACAUCUCACUCCUGUCUCCUGUCACCUUCGCGCUACACACCCAUCAUUUUCAGCGGAUGGCCAUCACCUGCCUGCUCUCGCACGCCUACGCCCUCUCCUGCUCCGCCGGUCAAAAGCCUCUCCCCGUCUCCCCCUCUCUCCCUGCGCUCCACACCCUCCCCGAGGCCGGGGAGUGGAAUAUCAGACUGCAGUGACAGGGAUGGUAAAAAAAGAAAGACACACAAGAUCAAACUGAGUUACAAAUCGCUUGCUGCUAUUCCGACAAACACCCUCCUGUUGGAUCAGCAGACCAUAGACGAGCAGGUAGAGCGAGGAGAGAGUCCAUACGACACCUUGGACGGAGGUGUUGCAGACACACACGCUGAGAUGCGUUCGCCCUCCCAGCUCCGGCAGGAGUCAGAGGAACUUUACGCCGUUAUUGAUGAGGUUUUGGCUGAUUCCAUUCCGCCAAGCAAAGGCUCCCAGUCACCACAGCCCUCCAGGCCAACAAGCACCAACACUGGACUGCAGAACAAUUCAUCAUCUCUGAAGUCCUUGGGACGUGAAACCAAAUAUGCAUCUUUAUCCAGCCUGAACCAAUCUACAGGUGUGGACAGAAAGCUCAUGGAUACUAAAAAGACGAAGCCCGGGGUUAUUCGCCCGAUGACGGCCAUUCCAAGACUGAGAGUGGAGGACGAGGAAGAAUUUCGUCCCAAUCCCUUCAGGCAAUAUGACCACAAGCAGACAGCAUCUGACUACAGAAAGGCGGAUAAUAAAAGCCUUUCAAAGCCACGACAAGAUUUUUACACAAGAGAGACGACGCCUGAAAGAAGGACUCCAUUCUCAGUGUGUGACCUGCAGAUUACAGAGCCUGACGAGCGGAUCAGUCACCAAGUGAAGGAGGCUUCAACUUCCUUCAGCACUACUGAGGGGCGGAUGAACACUUUUGAGACUCAUAUUUAGAUAUAAGCAAGAAAACAUCCACAUUUAACCUUUUUUUCUUUAAUGAAGACCUGUAUGCUCAGACACAAUCAGUAUUAAAGAGUUAAGAGGAAAUGACAAGUGUGUUGCACCUUACAUGAAUUAGUAAAAAAAUUGACAGCUGGGGUUAAUCAUGUCUAAAGUCGGGGUAUAGGGUACCGCUGCUUUAGACCCAAUUUUCUACAAACGUGGGACAUGGCGUAAAAUGAAAAUAAAAGGAGAGUGUUAAGAUUUGUAACACAUUGAAACCACAUUUCUGAUUGAAAACAUCAAAAGCACACCAUGGCAAAUGUUGAAACGUGGGCAAAAUAAAUGCCUAAUUGAAUUUUAUGCCAAAAGCAUGUUUCAUGUGUAGGCUCGUGCUGUUUUACAAUUCAGUUUGGGGUUUCAAUCAUCAUCAUUCGAUGCAGAUCAUCACAUUCUGUUUCUACUUUCAUAUAACAAGACGUCCCAGCUUUUUAGGGAAUGGGGUUGUAUGUAGGUCUUGGUCUAGCUUUCCAGUGCACAGUCUCUCAAAGAGUCCCAAGAACGUUCUGUCCUAAACCUCCAAGUCGGUCCUUUAUGUCAGAAAGAGGAAGUAAAAAAGCAGGUUUCUUUAUUCUAGCAGCUGACCGUCAGCUGCUGGGAGAUUUGAUCAGCUGUAUUAAGAGAGUUGGUUGAAGAUGUUGUCUCUGUCUGACUCCGUUUGUUGAUUUUAAAACUAAUCCCAGGGCUUUUCAUUAUGCUCCUUAUGACAACAUGACACCAUCCUAAAAAGCUGAGUCUAGGUGGCCCCCAUGGUACACUCAUCAUAGUGCUGCUCCUGGCUCUACAAAAAAAUAGACAGUUAAGUUGUGCAAAGAUUGGAAAUGUGUUAAAUCCUAGCUGACUCUUUUAACUCUGACUCUGACUCUGAAUUCAUGGAUGGCAGGGAAUGAUCCUCUGAGCUUUGGUUACUUGAAAAUGUAUUAUAUAAAAUGUAUAUAAUGCACUGUGGAUGUGCUGCUCAUGAAUGUUCCCUUUUUGUAAGACAACUGACACAAUCUUGCAAUAUUUUUAAAAUUUUCUAGCAUCACUUUUUCAACAGGAUGACCCCCUGCUUUUGAAGCAAACCCAAACUUUACAUACCUGCUUAUGCCGGGUUAAUUAUUUCUAAGCUAAGGUUGAAAUGAAUGAUUGGACAACUGAUGCAGGGGGACAACUUCAUUGCAUGUUUAGCUCAUGCUACACAUCCCUUGACCUCAACUUGUUAAGGCCUUUAAUGUCUCCUACAGGUUUGAAUGGCUAAAAAAAUGACAGUAAUGUUUAAUAAAUGUCUUCCCCAUCUUCA